CGCCCUGUUGGGUGGGUGUGGCCCAGAACACAAACCCGCGGAGCAACAGCGCGUGUAACAACAGCAGCGAGCGGAAUGUGUGUAUGUGUGUGUGUGUGUGUGUGUGAGACAUGAACAUAUGAUAAAUCGAGUGUUGAUAAAACCCUGAUCGAGUGUUGGACACGUUGGGUCGCGGAGGGGACUCAGGAUGUUGGUGCUUCUGCUGCUGCUGCUGGCCUCUGUGGUCGCGGGCGGUUUCUAUGAGAAGCGGUAUGGGGAGACAAUCUCUCUUAGGCUGUGGACGAAUACUCUUUCAUUCAAGUUCAUCCCCACCGACAACUCAGAGUCAGUGAUCUUUUGGAAAUCCGACGACCCUUCGGUCCCCGUGGACAGAAGGCGGAGUGUCUCUAGGGGCUACUUGGAGAUCAAAAAUCUAACCCAGAAAGACAAUGGCCGCUACGAAAUGAUUGGCAAAAAUGAGAAAGUCCUGUUUUCACAUUCCCUUGAGGUCACAGCACAGUAUGAGACACUUGAGCUGGAGGGUGGUGAACAACUCAGAUUCACAUUUCCUCUGGUCAAAGACCACUGCAACAUCCACUUCUUCCCAACUAAACACGAAUAUGACACAGAUCUAGUUCGUAGCGGCACAUUGGUGUUUACCCAGUCAUACUGCACUGACUUUGAAUUUGUAAAGCCGUGCGGGUUGGAGAUGGAGAUGCAGGAGACGUGCGACGGACACUUUGAGGUCAGAGAUCAAUAUGAUGGAGUCGCUUUGAAGGUGAAGGUGGAUUGGAUGGACAAACCUUUUAAUUUGGGGCACAUUGGAACUUCCAUUGGUGCUUUCCUGGUCUCACUUUUCUGCUGCUGCUGUGUGAAACGCUGCUGCUGCAAAAGCUCCAAGAAAAAGGACGCAGACUCUGCUGACGCUGACGUGGCUGUGGCUCACAACCAGUAUGACAACGAGCCUGUGGCACUGAGGCCAGGGCAACCCAGUCCGCGCUCUCAGACAUACUACCCCCCUCAGCCUUCCCACGCUCCGACUGGCCCGCUGAUACACAAUCCUACUAUUGUGAAUGUGCCACCUGCUUAUUCUGAGGUUUCGGCUCCAGCAGAGCCGGCUCCCACUUUCUCUCUGCUCUCUGACUCUGGGCUGCAGUUUGAACUGAAGGGAAAGAACUUUCCCUCUGCUCCCCCUCUCAGCUCAGAGUCAUCUUACGACAGCGUUUAUACCUCCAACAAACUCGACUUCCUCUGAAAGCCUUGAAUUUGAACGCUGCACUCAUUGAAUGAAAGGUUUGACAUUGGGGAUAUAUGCCUCAUCUGGUUGUCUUGGAACUGGCUCCAGCCAAGAAAUAGUCACACAGCCUUGUCCAUAAGAACAGAAUUAAUCAAGAAAAACACGUCAAUCUGUGAUUUUUAGAAACACUGAUGAGUGCAUUCAAAUACCUAAACACAAAGCAGAGCAUAUGUUUACCUGCCUAUUUCUAUAUUGUCAAUGCCAAGCUAAGCUAACCAACUGCUGGCUGUACUCAAUCAGCAGUUAUACAGGCUAUAGGGGACCAACUCUGAAAGACACCCAUCCAUUGCAGAUUCCAUAACACUGGGUGACCACACUGGGUAAACGAUCAAGGAGAAAGGGAAGACCAUAGGUUGCCUCUGUGUUAUUCACAUUUAUUUUAGAUCACUCUGAUCUUCGAAAGCCAUGUGUGACGAGCAGUGAGUUUAAAGCCAUAGGUAAAAAAAAAUCCACUCCAAAUAGCGAGUCUCUCUGCAGGUCUUGUCAGGAAUACCUCAUCUAUUACAGACCAGUUUGACUGUGAAAAAACCGGCAUCAGGGAAGCUGUGGAUGUUUACUCACAUUUGUAGAGAUACAAAACUACUGACAUUUUUUCUCAGGUCCGUCCACGCACAGACUCAAAUGGUUUCUUUUUAAUUUUAUGAAAAAAGACUGUUUGACAUCACAAACCGAGGUUGCUUUUUUUCAUUAGUCUUUCGAUGAAGACUUUAACACACCUCUACACCUCUGUGCCGCGCUCAUAUCAGCACCGUGCCUUGAACACGCAACUAAACACGAAUGUAGACGCACAGACGCUCACACAUGCUCACUUAACCUUCUUUCUGCAUGUCUCCUCCCUCUCAUAUAUACACUGAAUACAACAGUAGAUUUGUAUUUAGCUUUUAUGACCCAUUUAAUAAUUAUUCAAUUAGUCGUUGUCAUAGUCUGCAUGUCGUAGUGCUUUAAAUACUGUAGAUGGGUUGGAUUUUGUUGAAACUAGUUGUAACGCAUGUUAGAAUCCUGUCUUUGUAUCAUGGUGUAUUUUACAAUGUCAGGUGUAUUAAACCUAACAACACUGAA